AUGGGAUUAUCACGGAGAACGGUCGAUACGGAGGCACUGAAAAGCAGUGGACUGCAGGAUUCUUCUAUCAAUGAGAAAAAUGAUGGCUGCGGCGUUCAGAUGCCAAAUAUUUUGAACAAGACGGCCUUUAAACCCAUAGACAUUAAGAAAAAAUAUCCUUCACUAUCAGAUAUCCAAAUUGCAACUGCUACAAAUGAAGUUUGCGAAAAUGGAAUUCGUAAAACAUAUGCGUUUGCUUCUGUUUCGGGUGCUGUGACUGAGAGAGAAGGAAAAACUGUUAAAAUAAAGCAGAAAGAGAAGAAGUGUCCUCAUAUUUCACCAACUAGCACAUCGAAAAAUACAUGUGAACUUCAACAGAGAAUUUCGUAUUCAUGGCAUUUGGAUGAAUCUGUGAUUUGUGGGAAUUCAUUUGCACAAAUAAUGGAAAAUGAACAAGCUCGACAGUUAGAAACGAUGCGACAAGCGCGCUAUCGUCUUUCCGAUAUAAACAUGGAAGAGCAAGCAAUGGCUGAGCUGACAACGCAGUACAAAGGAGAAGCUACGAUGCAAGGUGUAUCAAUCACAGUUAGUACAGAACGUGAGGUGGAAAAAGUAAAUGAUCCACUUUGGGCUGCAAGAUCGUGA